GCGUGACGCGUGGGGGCGGCCGCCGCAGCCCGGCUGGGAGCGCGAGAGCAGCACUGGCCUUUAUUCGUUUGUGGACUCCUUCAGCCAGUCGAUGCAGGUCCUGGGCAGCCGUACUGCGGACGACGCGGUGGGUAUCGGUGCGGAUGAAGUGCCCCCGGAUGCGUCUCCUGUCGGAUUGCCGGCGGUGCCGUACCCCGUGGCCGACUCUGUGGGGCUGCAGGAGCUGCAGAACGCGAUGGGGGCCACGGACGAGGAGAUGGCCAUCCUGCAACAGCUGGGGGGCGAGGGGCCCAUCUGGGUACCUGGCAAGGGCGAGGCUUCGGACCUGCUGUCUGCACCCAAGGUAGAGGAGGAGGAGGAGGAGGAGGAGGAAGAGGCGGACAUUGUGGACCUGGACUGCCAGCGGAGCACCCCAGACAUGUCGUCCGUAAUAGUCUCCUGCGGGGGCGGCGAGGGUGCGGCUGAGGCGGCGGUGCGUACCAGCGGGGCUCCGGCGGAAGUCGGCGAAUCGGUUCCGGACGCCUCCGGCCGGCACGCCGUCUCUGCGCCUAGAGCUGCCGCACCUGCUGCGAAGGUUUCUGCUAAAAGGAAGAGGCAGCGCCGGACGCGGCCGGCAAAAGCGGCCGGCAGCGGCGGGGAGAACCUGCUGGCGGCGUACGAGGAGAAGGAGAUGGUGUGCCCGUCCUGCCACCGCUUCUUCCUGGGCGUCUCCGCCCUGCAGCAGCACGUGCGAGUGGCGCACGACGGCCGUGUCGACCCCGUCAAGAGAAGGAAAAAUCACUGUUCCACGGUCAGCGGCCCGUCCGAGUGCGUCGCGGCCUCCGCGCUGGGUACGCCUGCCGACUCGCCGCCCCGGCUGGUCUGCCCGCACUGCCGCGAACUGCUGGUCGGGAGGGACGCUCUGGUGGCUCACGUCGCCGAGGACCACCCGGGCAGCGCGGUGCCUACCGACUUCGCCACGUUGACGGCGCCGCCGAACAGCAGCAGUGAAUCGGUGGGACUGAAGACGCACAUCUCGACGGCUCUCGGAGGGCUGCUGGACCGAGCCCUCAACAACCGGCCGGAGAAGGGACCCGGCUCAGGUGACUCCGCCAGCCACCACCGUCGGAGCCGACAGACACCAGUCGUGCCGCCGAAGCUGACGGCCCCGCGAUCUGAACCCGAGACCGAGGCCGGGUCGUCGUCGUCGUCGGGCCGGCCGCGACGCGUGUACGACACGGAGCUCGCCAGGCGGGUGUGGCAGCAGUUGAGUUCGAGGCAGCCCCCCACCGAGUUGGAACUGCAGCGCGCGACCGCGAGUGCCGACGGUUCGAGCAGCAGAGUGUUCGCAACAGGCACAUGGUGCAGGCGCACAAGAACGAGAUCAUCACCUCCAAGGCGACACAGUUGGAGCCCGACGCCAACCCGGAUGACGUAUCUGCCAGUGAAGACUCCGACCACAGUGGGAACUGACCGACUCACAUCUCCAAAGCGGGAGAUCGAGGCCGUAUUUGUUGAAGAAGCAGCUCCGUUUCUGCACAAGUGUGAGCUGCCCGACAGCCUCGAUACCACGCGGGAUCCCCUGAGCAUCGAGGAAGAGGGUGGUGCACUUGGUAAUGAUCCUCUUCCCAUUUGUGAUCUGCAGAGAAUUAAGAAAGAGGUUCUUGAAGAAGAUCCAGUAGCAGUCUCAGGGUUCGGUGUCCUUAUUAAACAGGACCCAGACUUAUAUUUAGGAGUGGAUGCAACUGAGAAUAAAGUCUACUCAAAUUUCUGACAGGAACAACAGUGCUUCAUUCGAAGAAAGUUGUCUACAAAAUAUUGCCCGUGACGAGCUGGCGACGGAAGUCGACACACUUCAUCACUUGCCGUGUUCCGACACAAAGAAUUGUCUCGCCAGAGGAUAAUUCCUUCUGCAGUACAGAUUGUAUGAGCGUGGUGAACAGUAGCUUUUGUCUCCAGCCGCAGUUCGUGCCUGCAGAGCUUUUCACCAAAUACGGCCUCCUAAUGCGUGUACUCACUCACAUUGAUAAGGUAGAGUUACUGUUACUCGUCUGUAGCUACUGUGUGAAGUUUUUCUCACUGCACUCGAGGAUGUAAAACACAAGACAGGACAUCAAUGCAAUAUUUGUAAUGGUGUGGUUUGUUGUGUGUGGUUUGUUGUGUGUGGUGAAUCUACCAUUCAUUGCAACAAUAAGCAAAUAUAUUUAUAUUGUCGAACUCUAGUUUUGUAUCGAGUGUUUGAUUUUGUUAUCUUUGUUUUGUGGGCAAUAAUAUGAUAAUAUUAGAAUAAUGGUUACCACGAAUGCUUCAGCUCUUAACCCCUAGCUUGCGUGUGCGCGCAUAGAGGGUGAAUUGAAUUAAACUGGAACAUUUAUUUGAGAAAAACACUGUACUGCCCAAAUUAAGUCCCAGGACAUCUCCUGGGUGCUUUCGGUAAAUAAAAUAUGUUUCUUGUAUUACAUGAAGUAUAAUAAUAAUUCUUUCUUUCUCAACUCAUGUGGUAAGUCUCACCUGACACGUUGUUCUGGGUGACUUUUUCCGAAAUGUGUCCCUUUUUUUAGACCUCUCGUGUCCUUUCUCGUCACCCUUCUUCUUUCCCUUUCAGACCUUCUGCCUGAAGGAGGAGUCACUGGCUCUGAAAGCUUGCUUAAUUAUAACCUUCUUUUAUGUGUGUUUUCUGCUGCCACUCGGUGAGCAGAUUUUUCGUCUAUUCGAUUACAUUAUAUUGUCAAAAAUUGUUUUCAUUGUUAAAUAAACAAAUGAGUACUAAUUCGUGCUAUAAGCUCCUCACAUAUUUGAAUUUCGUCUGGUCAAAUAACCCGUUUUUCUUGCAUAAAUUAUGUAAUUGGUCUCAUUUCCUCAACAUUAUGAUGAGUUGUAUUGAAGAUGUGCAGAGACCACAUUUAGUUAAGUUCACCCUUAUUUGGUGCUGCAUGUUGUAACACCUCCGAUUUAUGUAUCCCGCUCGAUCGGGAUCUGAAUAGCAGCCCAAAUAAAUAUUAAUUAAUGUGACCGUGUACCUAAUGGGGCUGGCAAUCGGAUUUGACUGCUACGGAGUUGUUACAUUCCAUUUUGUCCUUCUCGAAUGCUGUAAUAAUGAAAUGUCUGGUAACAAGAAGAACAACAACACAGCUUCUUUAAUCAAUAACCUAUAUUCGUCACUAAAACACAAGAAAAACGAGACAGCCACUGCCUUCGUCAUACAUAAUUAAUUACGGCUAAUCUCAGCACAGGCCUCUUUGUUAUUCAUUAUUGUCACACGCAAAUGCAAUCACUGCAAUCCAAAUUAUGACGGCGCGGUAGACACGAAACCAUAAAUAUCGGCACAGAAAUAUCACUGAUCACUCUCGUAAUUGUACGUCUUCACUUUGCCGUAUUAUUCUAACACAAAGGGGUUAAACCGCGGCGAUGGCCACUCCCUUUGUCGGUCAGCCUCGUAUUACCGCAACAGGCCUCCACACGGCUCGGCACGCAACCUGAGAACUCACUCCUCUCUACUCUCGCUCUCGCAACCCGACACUAUCGAUUGUUUGCCCUUUCGACCUGUGCCGAGUGCAAACGAACCCCUUACAAUGUGCAUCCAAUACAGUGAAAUAAAUUGAUUGAUACUUAAACAAGUACGGAAAAAAUAGUGUUAGGUUUAUGUUUUCUUUUUUUAAAAUUACAUUCGUUGUAACUGUUAUCGACAUCGAAUGUUUCGAAGGUAUCUUUGAAAUUAAUCUUGUUAUUGCUCACUUUAAGCUGUAAAUGUUAUUUGUAAAGUAUUUCUGUACAAACAGUUUAAUUUUGCAAAAGAUUUUGCACUAAUAGGACUGAUUUUUGUAAUUUUCUUCUUUAUGUAGAAUGAGUAAAUUGGUUGUUACAUUAUUAUGGAUAUUAUGGGCAUUACUUGAGUAAAAUUAAGGUUUUAUACAAAGUGGUUCUUAUACAAUCAGUAAAUUUCUGACAGCUCAUGACACACAGCCUUCCUCGGCCUUGUCCGAAAUCCUGACACAUACUCACAAGAAAGCCAAAGACUUCCCAGCACCAGCCAAAAGUUCUGAAGAUGGCUUGCACAUAAGCCGAAACUGGUUAAUAAAGAAGUGUUAUUGCGAUUGCAACUGCUCAUUUUAAUUUUAAUUCCUUCUCUUUACCAUCCUAUCAGCUGCAGUUACCUUUACUUACUACAGGGUAUAUUGUUAAUAAACAUUAGAUUUUGCAUGUCUGUAUUUCUGAAACUAAUAAACAUAUACAGUGAA